AUGUUGCCCAUUCCGGCGCAUUCUAUAAGUCUCUCAAAAAAGGAGAAUGGAAAAAAUUGUAAAAAAUGGUAUGGAGUGGUAUGGAAUGGGACGGAAUGGGCCAUUCCGUCCCAUUCCGCUUUUUCCCCCUUGGGUUUAAGUCAACCAGAUAUUAAAUACUGUUAUUAUAGAGGUUUGACAUUAAGUGAUCGGGAAAUAGAAUAUUAUAUGGAUAAAAUCGACGAUUAUUUUUAUACAACAUCAUUCUGUUCAUUUACAACUGAUCGUAUGUUAACAUUCAGAGGUAACGCAAUUAUGAUUUUAUAUCCUAAUGAUAAUAGUAAAAAUAUAGCUAAUAUAUGGAAAUGGAGUGAAAUACCUGAUGAAAAAGAAGCCGUGGUAUCUAUUGGCUCAAAAAUAAAAAUUAUAAGUGUGCAUUAUUAUGGUUCUAAAUGGGAGAUUGAAAUUCAGUUAAUGAAUGACGAGAAGGACGAUAGAAUUAAACAUGAUCUAGAGACACUCUAUCCGGUUGAAACUAAUCAGUUUGAAAAUGAAGGCAAAUGA